UUAAGUCCAUAAUUUUUUUUCAACUACUAUUAAUGGCACUUAAUUAUAGUUUUCCGCUCAUAAGAUAGUAAUUAGAAACACCGGUGUAGCCUUGAUCUAAUUUAGUUUCUUUCUUAAGAAACAUUGCAUACAUUAUAUAGGAAUGCUAAAUACAUACGUUGCUGCUAGUAGGUUAAAAAAGGCCAUCACGCAAAAGCUGUGAAUUGUUGUUAAGUGAUGUUUUCGGUCUCUAUCUCUUUCUCUAAUACAGAACUUUAAUUUGCGUACAUACCGUCAACAAAUGCCCAUAUAAUAUGCUCACACGGAGAACGCUGCAAACAAACUAGAUCCUGCUUCUUCUUUCAUAUAUAAUCCACUUUUUACUUAGCUUUGACUGCACUAUCUCAGCGUCCAUUUGAGGUCUCUUGAACUUGGUUCGGAUUGUAAAAUGUUGAAGAGUAUGGAUGGUUUAGCAGGGAAGUUGUUUGGGAGUUCACUCCUCUACAUGCUUAAACCUUUGUUCCGCAUUUUAUCUGUAGGUCCAACUCCAAACCACGUUGCCUUUAUUCUGGAUGGGAAUCGGAGGUAUGCCAAGAAACGGAAUAUGGCAGUAGGCAAUGGAUACAGAGCUGGAUUUAUGGCUGUCAUGUCAAUGCUCAAAUAUUGCUAUGUAUUAGGUGUCAAAUACAUGACAAUAUAUGCAUUCAGCAUCGAUAAUUUCAAAAGAAGGCCGGAGGAAGUCCAGUAUUUGAUGGACUUAAUGCUGGAGAAAAUCGAAGGAUUACUCCAUAAAGAAAGCGUUGUCAAUCAAUACGGAGUGAGGGUACAUUUCGUAGGAAACCUGAAGCUUCUUACCGAGCCAGUUAGAGUUGCAGCUGAGAAGGCAAUGCAAGCCACUGCCGACAACACCAAUAGCACUCUCCUAAUUUGUGUGGCAUAUUCUUCGACAGAUGAGAUCGUGCAUGCUGUUGAAUCAUCCUGCCAAGAGAAAUGGAAUGAAAUCCAAGAACUUAACGCAAACCAACCUCAAAAUGUUGAAGAAACUAAAGAGAUACGGGAGCUAAAUCAGAUCAUAAAGCUGGUAGAUAUAGAGAGGCAUAUGUACAUGAGAUUGGCACCUGAUCCUGAUAUGUUAAUUCGAACUUCAGGUGAGACUCGCCUUAGCAAUUUCCUCCUUUGGCAAACAACAAGCUGCUUACUGUAUUCGCCAAAGGUAUUGUUUCCUGAGAUUGGUUUGCGACACUUGAUAUGGGCAGUGUUGCACUUCCAGCGACUGUUCCCUCAUUUGGAGAAGAAAAAGCAGUUGUAAAUUUAGUGCUACAGUUCCUCUGUAUUUUACCCUGUUUUUUCCUCGGAUCACUUAUUGCCUAAUAUUUUACCUUCAUUAUAUAGCAUAAUGCUCUCCUCUUAAGAUAAUCUGUCUAUAAUUGCUGCAAAGUACUUUUUAUU